UGACUAGGAAGAGCACAUAGACCAAGACACAUCCUCACUCUCGAUCUGCAAUGCAAUUCACUUCAUUUCCCUCCCUUUCAAUCAUUUAAUCAUAACAUAAUAAUAACGUGGUCUUCUUUUACUAUAAAUUACUAUUACACAAACCUUGACUCGCUCGCCAUCACAACAACAACCCCUUUUCGCAGAACCACCACCCACCAUGGAGGCGCUGCGAUUCUCCACCCCUCACCCACACCAACCACCACCGUCACUCCUCCCCCGCAACGCUUUCCACAAAAUGCGCCUUCACACCAACCUCCACAUCAAACCCUUCAUCGCCGCCACCAUGUCCAAGCCGGCAGAAAUAGUAGCCUCGCCCGCUUCUUCUUCCUCCGCCGCCGCCGUCGUAGAUCCUUUGUUGUCGUCGCCUCCUCCUCUCAUAGUCUCAACCGAUUCGCUUCAGUACCCGCCGGGCUACGUCGGCGCCGUUCCUGACCGGUCACGCUCCGAUGGCGGCAGCGACGCCAUGGUCUCCGCCAUGAGUUACUUGACCAAUAUACUCUCUUCGAAGGUUUACGAUGUCGCCAUUGAGUCCCCUUUGGAAUUGGCGCCAAAGCUUUCCGAAAGACUUGGGGUUAACCUUUGGCUCAAGAGGGAGGAUUUGCAACCCGUUUUCUCAUUUAAGCUCCGUGGAGCUUAUAAUAUGAUGGCUAAACUUCCAAAGGAACUGUUGGAAAAAGGGGUUAUCUGCUCAUCAGCUGGAAAUCAUGCUCAAGGAGUUGCUCUAGCUGCCAAGAGAUUGAAUUGCAGUGCUGUGAUUGUGAUGCCCGUUACCACUCCAGACAUUAAGUGGAAAUCUGUGGAGAAGAUGGGUGCUACUGUUGUCCUUAUUGGGGAUUCAUAUGAUGAAGCACAAACAUAUGCUAAGAAGCGUGGAAAAGAGGAGGGGCGAGCAUUCAUACCUCCUUUUGAUCAUCCUGAUGUCAUCAUGGGUCAGGGAACUGUUGGGAUGGAAAUUGUGCGCCAAAUGCAGGGUCCCGUGCACGCUAUCUUUGUGCCCGUCGGAGGUGGUGGUCUCAUUGCCGGUAUUGCUGCUUAUGUGAAGAGGGUCUCUCCACAGGUGAAGAUCAUUGGUGUGGAGCCCAGUGAUGCAAAUGCAAUGGCAUUGUCACUGCAUCAUGGUAAGAGAGUGAUUUUGGACCAGGUUGGAGGAUUUGCAGAUGGUGUAGCUGUUAAAGAGGUUGGUGAAGAACCUUUUCGCAUAUGCAAGGAGUUGAUUGAUGGCGUUGUUCUAGUAGGCCGUGAUUCAAUUUGUGCAUCAAUAAAGGACAUGUUUGAGGAAAAGAGGAGCAUAUUAGAACCAGCAGGUGCUCUUGCUCUUGCUGGAGCUGAGGCAUACUGCAAGUAUUAUGGGAUCAAGGGGAAAAAUGUUGUAGCAAUAACUUCUGGGGCAAACAUGAAUUUUGAUAAACUUCGCGUGGUAACUGAGCUAGCUAAUGUUGGUCGUAAACAAGAGGCUGUGCUGGCAACUGUUAUGCCAGAGGAGCCUGGCAGUUUCAAACAGUUUUGUAAACUGGUGGGGCAGAUCAAUAUCACGGAAUUCAAAUACAGAUAUAAUUCCAGUGAGAAAUCUGUUGUCCUUUACAGUGUUGGUGUUCACACAGUCUCAGAACUUAAAGCAAUGAAGGAGAAACUGGAGUCUUCUCAGCUUGAAACUCAUGAUCUCACGGAAAGUGAAUUGGUGAAAGAUCACUUACGUUACCUGAUGGGAGGCCGGUCAAAUGUUCAGAACGAGGUUCUUUGUCGUUUCACCUUCCCAGAAAGACCCGGUGCAUUGAUGAAUUUCUUGGACUCCUUCAGUCCACGUUGGAACAUCAGUUUAUUCCAUUAUCGUGCAGAGGGUGCGGCCAGAGCAGAUAUCUUGGUUGGAAUACAGGUUCCCAGAAAUGAGAUGGAUGAAUUCCAUGGUCGGGCUAACAGACUUGGGUAUGAAUAUAAAGUGGUGAAUAAUGAUGAUGACUUCCAGCUCUUAAUGCAUUGAUUGCUGUAUGCACUUGCCAUCAAUUAUUGUGUAUUCUAGUGUACUAUAGAUUAUCAUAUAUAUUUCAGUAGUGGAGAUCAAAGGCAGGGAAGGAUUUGGCCUCCACACACGUGAUCAGUUGAUUAGAGUGCUUUUUACUUAGUGCGGCACUAAGUAACUACAUGUUUUUGUAAUCUAUAACGUUUACUAGUAUUUUUUUACCCGCGCGUUGCACGGGUAAUAUGUCUAUUGUAUUUGAUACAUCAAUCAAUAUAUUGAUUUUUUAGA